AUGGCAUAUGCCGCUACGACCUCAUCUCCGGCCAUGGACGCCGAUACCCAAACCAGCUUAAAGCUCACCACCUCUCUUCGCCGCUCUCCCUCUUCUCAACAUGUCCUCGGCCCACUGUCCACCCUAGGCUUCAUAUCUUCUUCGGCGCCUUCUUUCACCUCUUCUCCUAUCUCCACUCCCCUCUCUCUCUUUCCCGGGCCAGGCACGCCAAAUGUCUUAACUCCGGCUGGGACUCCUCAACAACCCCCGAGUGAGGGUCCACGCGGUCGACUCUAUCAUCUUCCUCCUCCUGCGCCACUCGAGCUUGGUGAAUCGAUGAUGGCCGUUCCCGAGGCCUUUCCAUCCCAUGCCAACGGAGCCACCGACAGCAAUUCGGUAAAAGCCCCAGGGCUGAUGCGGAGAAUCUCACGGGGAGCAGCCAGCAAAUUGACCCGGAGGCGACCCUCGGCCUCCCAAAAUGACAAGCGAGACCGCAGUUCAGGUCCCGUGAUCAUGCGCCGCAGAAGCGAUAGCAAGAACGGCGCUCACUCCGUUUCGCGGGAUACCGCAUUGGAGUCCAGCAAUGAGGAUGAAUCCAACGAGACGUUGGACUGUCUGGGUACAUGGACUGGCUCGGAGCCCUCGAGUGUGCGGAGUGAAAGCCGCAUGAUGUCUGCUCGCGAUCUGGUCACCACCGUGGGCGGAGCGGUGGCGCCCAAGGUGGAUUCCGCUGUUCAGCGGGGCACCAUCUUGACCAAGGUCACGAAAAAACACCGCAAACAAGUUCGAUUCUUCCUGGACUUGGACGCUGCCAAGGUGUUCUGGGAUGUCUCCAAUCCAGCUAAGCGCUUCUACAUUGAUGACAUCAAAGAGAUUCGCGUUGGUGCAGAUGCGCGAAAUUACCGUGAAGAACACCAGAUCCCCGAAGAUACCGAAGGCCGGUGGUUCACCAUUGUGAUCGCCGACCCUGAACGGCUCAAGGGCCGCGCGUUCAAGACGUUGCACUUGAUUGCGCCCAAUUACCACGUUCUCGAUAUGUGGACCAGCACUCUGGAGCACAUCUCUCGCUACAGAAUUGGCCUGAUGGCUGGGAUGGCCGCCGCUGGUCAAAGCGAGGCCAUCUUACAAGCUCAUUGGCAGCGCGAAAUGGUGCGGCUCUUCCCCGGGGGAUCUCGGCCAGGUGAGGAACAGAGUCUUGACCUCACCGCGGUUGAAAGUGUGUGCCGCAGCUUGCAUAUCAACUGCUCCAAGAACAUGCUGCGUGCUCAAUUCUCCAAGGCUGACACCUGCCACAACGGCCGGCUGAACUUUUCCGAAUUUAAGAACUUCUUGACCCGUCUGAAGGAGCGCAAGGACGUGAAAGAGAUCUUCAAAAGUCACGCCGCAGACCACAAGGCCGGGCUGACUCAGGCGGAAUUUUUGCGCUUCUUGUGUCAAGUGCAGAAAGAGGACAUUGAGACCGAGGUCAGCCGGGCAAAGUGGAUUGCCCUGUACGACAAACUUGUCAAGAAGUCAAGAUCACGAUUGUCCUCGAAUGCAUCAGAUGCAUCCGACCUUGGCGAUAGCCCAUUGGCCCUGAUGACUCUCGACACGUUCUCCGCUUACCUGGCAUCUCCGAGUAACGGCAUCUACGCGUCAAAAGCCCCCCAGUCCCGAUUUGAUCGCCCGCUGAAUGAGUACUUCAUUUCAAGUUCACACAAUACUUACCUGCUUGGUCGCCAAGUCGCCGGAGCCUCGAGCACGGAAGCCUACAUCAGUGCUCUUCAACAAGGAUGUCGCUGCGUAGAGAUUGACUGUUGGGAUGGUGCCGACGGCCGUCCCAUUGUGUCCCAUGGACGGACCAUGACCACGAGUGUGCUCUUCGCAGACUGCAUCACGGUCAUCAACCGAUACGCUUUCAUUUCCUGUGAUUUUCCACUCAUCCUUUCCCUCGAAGUCCACUGCAAUCCCGAGCAGCAACUGGCCAUGGUCAAAAUUAUGAAAGACACCUUCAAGGAGCAGCUUAUCCUGGAACCUUUGAUGACCAACUGCUACAUCCUGCCUUCACCGGAAGAGCUCAAGCGCCGCAUCCUGGUCAAGGUGAAAACCUGUGACGAAACGCAAGUCGACCCUCGUCAGGAUACCGUCAGCACUGUCGGUACUCAUGGUCGCAAGCGCAGCGCAAGUACACCAUUCGUCCGCCCAACACCUCCUGCGGAUUCCAUCAUCUCCGGCGGUACUGCGCCGUUUGCUCCCUUUUCCACUUCGUCUGUACCCUACGCAGCCGAUGGGAUCGGUCCCUUGGUGACCCACGAGAGACGCUCCCUCACCACAACAAGUAUCAGCAGCGCCACUGAAGACAGUGACGGAGGGCUGGUUUCCCUGCCGAGUGAGAAGAAGAAACGCCGUCGUCAGAAGAGCAAAAUCACCAAGCCGCUCUCGGACCUGGGCGUCUACACCCGCGGCUACAAGUGGCAGAGCUUUUCUUCCCCGGAGAGCAGAAAAUACAACCACGUGUACUCUUUUGCCGAACGCGCAUUCGAGAGCAUCUGUCAGAACCACGACAACAAGGUGGCUCUGGAAGCCCACAACCGCAAAUUCCUCACCCGAGUCUAUCCAUCCGCUUUUCGUCUCCGAUCCUCCAACUUUGAUCCCAACAAAUUCUGGCGCCGUGGAGUUCAAAUGGCCGCGCUCAACUGGCAGACGUAUGACGUUGGCAUGCAGAUGAAUCAGGCCAUGUUUGCGGCUGGGUCCGAUCGCACCGGCUAUGUGCUCAAGCCAGAAAGUCUCCGCCAUCCGAUCCCUGAGGGGGGUUUGCCUAAGCGCAAGACGGAACGGCGUCUGGUUCGAUUUGCAGUUGAAGUCAUUUCCGCGCAACAGCUUCCACGACCUCGGACACUUGGAUCCGAGGACAUGAUCAAUCCCUAUGUCGAAAUUGAGAUGUUCAGUGCUGACGAUCGCGGACAAAGUCUUGCCUACGGAGAAGGUGGAAUGGAUGCCUCGGCCCGUAACGGCAUGUCUGGUAUUGGCUACCCUCACCGCCGACGCACCAAGAUUGAGCCAAGUAAUGGCUACAGCCCAAUCUUCAACGACCGGUUCAAGCUGUCCUUGGAAACCAAAUAUCCAGACCUAGUCUUUGUGCGAUGGACUGUUUGGAGCUCUCUGGACGGACGCAGUGCGGGCAACAAUAACAGUGUUCAGCUGGCCACCUUCACUGCCAAGCUCACCAGCCUGUCUCAAGGCUAUCGCUAUUUGCCCCUGUAUGAUGGCAGUGGUGACCAGUAUCUCUUCUCGACUUUGUUCUGUCGCAUCACCAAGGAGGACCCUAUUCCCGUUCAGCGUCUGGAUUUGAGCGAGCUUCGUGCCGAGCGAAUGGGCAUCUUCCGUCAAAUUGGCCAAACGGUCUUCAAGCGCUCCUCUUCCACCGAUCGUGAAAAGGAGAGCAUUGCGGAUCGCAGUGAUCCAACUAGUCCAGAGGACAAGGACAGCUCUCCAGGUCUGACCCCCACCAUAUCCAUGACCUCGAAUUCUUCGUUCUUCCAGUGA